AUGCGGGGAUACACUACUCUGAUGCCAUGUGCCUCAAACUCGACCCGGACCUGGCAGAUUCAUGCAUUGACCUCAUCUGUUACACUACAAUCAGAACUAAUACAGCUUCCAAAGUACGUAAAGCGUUCCACAACUUCGAAUGCCUCUCCCUGGAUUUUCGGUUCACCGGCUCAAGUAAUAUUAACGCAGUUAGAUGCAGUAAACGGUGUGUUUGUUGUAUCACCACACGCCCCAACAGAUAGCAGUUCUGAGACUGAGAAGGACGAGUUUUAUCAAGAUCUGUCACGAAUGCUUCGGUCGGCAAGGACGGAUAUGGUAAUCUUGGUGGGUGAUAUGAAUGCCCAAGUUGGACGACUAAGUUUGGACGAAGCACAGUUAAGUGGCCCGCUUAGCGCUUCGCUUUCCGCCAGCGCGCUUCGCUUUCUGUCAGCACUACGCGUGCCGAAGGAGAGCAGCUCCGUUCAUCGACUUCGACAAGCUCCAGUAGCUGAAGAGUAUCGAGCUGAUCUGGCUAGGAAGCUACUGGAAACACACAGUCAUGUGGACAACGAAGAUGGCUUGGAGGAUGAACGGAGGCGAGUUAGAGAAGCAAUGCUGUCAGCUUUCAGAACUGCUGGUCUAGCCCAUCUGACUCGACUCAAUGAACACUGGAUAUCUUUGAGAUCAGCAGGUCUUAUUACCGCCAGAAAGGCCAUACCAGAAACUAGCGACUAUGAUGGCGCACGCAGAUCCCUCAAACACCGGAUAAGUAGGAGCUUCAACAGUGACAGGGAACGCUGGUGGAUUUCGAAGACACAGGAGAUGCAGAAGGCUUUCGCUGCAGGCAACAGCCGCGCCCUGUUUCAACUGAUCCGACCAACGGGUCAAAAUAAGGCAGGAAUGCUUCCAAAGGGUAUUACCCUCAUCGGUGGCACCUGGAAAUCCGUGACGGAUUUCCUGAGGUCUUCUCCACCUUUCACUGAAGCAGCCAUGGUUCCCUCUAUCAGUGCGUCAGAAGAACAUUUAAUGUUGCGGUGGAAGAACUUACUUGAAGAAUGUCAAUCCGGUACGGCACUGCCAUUGGAUGUUUCCGGCCAGAUUUCCAGUCUGCUGCAAGCUUUCGCCGAUCCGUGCCGUGGCGAACCAAAUUUUUAUUUGGUCCGCUUCCUCCAGCGCGUGUGUUACACUCGAACUCUGCAGGAUGAUGCUGUAACUCCAAUAUUUUUCCAUCUCCUCAUGGUAGGAUCUGCUUACCCACAAGAAACCGUCUACCAUCAGGAAAAGGAAAACUCCCACGUUAUGUGGUGGUUGCUUCCUAUUAAUAUCCAACUUUUGUGUGCUACUGAUCAAGACUGGAAAAAAUUCAAUGCAGAACCGUUAGGGGCUGUGGAGCGCAUAAGCAAUCUUACAUCUGUCUACUUAGACGCACUGUCCAAACUUUUGUACGAUCCCACUGGGUUCUCACCUCGUCACGUUUCCCUCUCAUGGAUACGCGCGGCCUAUCGUUUCAUCGUCCAUGCUGCUUGUCAACCAAGCCCUGAAAACGAUAUCUUCAGCACUGCUGUCGGAUUCUUGGUUGUCCUUGAGGCCACGGAAGCUGACUUGUGGCACGACUUCAUGCUGUACUUUGUAAGACCCAUGCGAUCGGCCGUCAUCGAAUUUUAUAAACUAGCCAGUGCUUCUACCCCAGUCUGCACACAAAACGUGAAUUCCACUUCCGACACAGCACUGCUUGAGCGAUUCUUCGUCGAAUUGGACAAUCUGAAUAGCUUAUCCGGGCGUGCACCGGUUUAUGCAACCACCUCCUAUCGGGAACGUCUUUCUCUCCUAGUUUGCUGUCUGUUUGACCGACUCGCCUGCAUUGUCUUAUACGCCGCAGGUGCAACAAGUCAAACACAUCCAGUUUUGUGGAAUACUCUCUAUACUCCGGUGAGCUUAAACCCUUCAUCAGUUCCUGAGGCAUUAAUAUGCCUGCCUGUCGUGAAACUUCAUCGGGUUGCUGAGACAGAUGAUCUUCCACUGACACCAUUCAAAGACGGUGACGAGUCUCUGUGUUCCGGCUUGGUCUAG